AUGGCCACACAGCCUCUCCCGUUCUCCGACUUUCUUCUGAGACGAAGCACACGGCGACGUCGGGAGAAAAACGAGACGGAGCAAGAGAGACAGCUUCGACUCAACGUUUCUCGCCCAGUACGCGGGAGGAGAAACCGAGCGUCUGAGGCUGCCGAUCGCAGAGUUCACAAGUUGACGGUCCACAGGGAGCAGGUGAGAAGGCGCCGAGCUAUGGAGACGCCUCAAGAGAGGGAUAUCCGGCUCGAAAACCAGAGGGAGAGUGGCGUCAGACGCCGUCUGGAGGAGACGGAGGAUGGACGAGAGACGAGACUGGCGGCCCAGAGACUCCGCGAGAGGAAGCGACGAAUGGCCGAGACGGAAGAGGAGAGGGAGUACCGACUGGCAGCGCAGAGGGAGCGCGCCAGGAAGAGACGGGAGAGCGAGACCCCGCAGGAGCGACAGACGCGCCUCACCAAUCAGAGAAUCCGCGAGAAGCGUCGGCGAGGACUGGAAACUGACGUAGAGCGUGAAGCCCGGCUGGCAGCUCAGCGCGCGUGGGGGGUGCGUCGCCGAGGAGAAGAGACGGAUCAGGAGCGGAAGGCUCGGCUGGAGACCCAGAGAAACAGAGAGAGGGAACGGAGGAAAAGGUUGAAGGAUGGAUCGGCACCAGAGGAGGAAUCACAGACAACUAAAAUGCGGACUCGCUCGUCAACGUCUUAG